AUGGGUUGCAAGAAAGCAGUUGUAGACGAUCUUCUGGCCGACAUCCCUGACACUGUCAACGCACAAGCAGCACCAUCCCAGCCUCAACCAAAGCCGAAACCAAAAAGGCUAAAAAAAUUCCAACCCAAGGCAACGGUGACUCAGAUCGACACUGAGGACACCUUGCCGAUAUCCAAAAUAGCUGAGGCGGAAAAAAGUGCCUCUACCGUCGCAAAGAGGCUCGCCGAGGCCGCACCCUCCGAAUUAACCAGGUCAAAGAGACCGAGGUCUGAAUCGGCAAUAACCUCGGGCUCUAUGAAAUCUAAUGCCCCCUGGGCUCCCCCCAUUACAAUCGAGGACAAGCCGGUUAGAGCUAGCGACAGCGUCGAUGAUAUUGAAGUCAGCAUUGCCCUCUCUACCGCGCUACUCCUUCUUCAGGAUCUCAAUCGCAAUGCCGAGAUAAGCGAGUAUGAGAACUUCGCUCUAAUGUUACAGCACUCCGUGCAAGCUAUCCAACAUGGCCACUUAUUCGCAAUGCAAGCCUUUAAUAUUACGAAGGAAUUGGCAAAUAAAACCAAGGAGGCUGCUAGCUUGCAGAGGGCCCUUAACAAGGUUGAGGGCAAACUAAAGGACUUGACAGAUCAGGUCGAGGCAGCCAAAAAAGCCCGGGACGAGGCUGAGGAAAAGGCAGAUGCUACCGAAGCCAUUACCAAGGUCCUUGAGGCCAAAAAGAAAGAGGCCCAAAUGAAAACUGCCAAAGCCCAGGCUGAGCUUCAGGUUGCCCUGGCCACAAAGGAUGCCGAGGUCAAAGCGGCUGAUGAAAAAGCAUACGAGCCGACGUCAAUGAGGAUUAUAAGAGACAAGUGA